AUGGAAGACUUAUUACCUGACGAUUUGAUGUACAACGUAUUAUCAAGACUACCGGUGAAAACAAUCAUCCGUUACAAGUGUGUGUGCAAAAAGUGGCGUGAUCUUGUCUCCGAUUCUUACUUUGUUAAUCUUCAUCUCUCGAGAUCGCGUGAGGCCCUGAUGAUCUUUAAUUAUUAUGAGCCAUUUAGGCCAGGGAAUUUAAUGUGGGUAGAGAUAGGACACAAAGCACUCGUUCAAGUGAAAAGGCUUGUGCUUACGGAAUAUUGUGCUCAUGUAAGUUGUUAUUGGCUAAGUCAAGUGGGCUCAGUGAAUGGUUUGAUAUGCUCCGCCUACCACUGCCGGGGGUUUCUCAUAUACAAUCCUGUGUUGGAAGAAUGCAUGCACGUCCCUCCACCACCACAAGAAUAUGAGACAUUAAGUUAUGGUUUAGGAGUUUCAAGGGCAGGAGAAUACAAGUUGAUACAUAUUUUCCAUAGGAAAAUAUCCUUAGAUUCUGACGAGCUUUACACGGUUGAGAUUGAGGUUUACACCCUUCACUGA